UAUCGUCGGUCGGUUGUGCGAAACCAUAACGGAACACACGCGUACAGUGUCAGUCCAAAUAAAUUAUUUUUAUGGAACUCUGCCGAAAUGCUAUCAGAUCUGCUCUAUCAGUGAUCGGAGAUCGAAGGGAAAGUGAUAAAUCCACGAAGCCCCUACAGAGGUAGGCGUUCAUGAACCUGCCUGGCUGGUACACCCGACAGGCGACAAUCAUCAUGAGAUGCGCAACCAAAUUUUAAUUGCUCUCAAUUAAUGUGUUAAUCUACUGAUUGAUUGAGUACAGCGAAGUGGCAUUUCAUUGGCUUGUUUGCCUGUGUGUCAAGUGUGUGUGUAUUUUUUUUUGCUGAAGUGAUAAAUCAUUUUACUGUUCGUGCCAUUCCUCACGUUUCAAUGUGUGGUGAAGAGUGUGAUUUAAAAAUACAUAAUCAAUCAGAUACAACGGGAAUUUAAUUUCGAAUCGGAAACGAGAAUUUAAACGGUGUUGUGAUUUCUGCUUAAGCGAAGCAUUAGUACUGGAUAUUGGUGUCAGUUUUCAACCGCAGAGGAAAUCAUUCGCUUCCCGGUUCAUCCGAUAGCAUCGAUGGAAUAAAAGAAACCCGUGCCAAGUCUAUGGUAGCGACGACCGGCUAAAGGCACUCUAAUACAGGACUACUGCAAGGCAGGAGUUCCAGCUAUGUCAACAUAAAAAUAUCGCUUUCUACAUUCCUUUGCCGUGCUACAAACAACGGGCUGGGGAAAGAAAAAUGUAAAAUAAUGCAAAAACAGUCAAGAUGACGAUAAAACUUCACGAGUGCAAACAUAAACAUCAUCAUAAACAUCAUCGCAGCGGCAGCGGUCGUAGAAUUAAUUUCAUCCGCGACAAAGUGAAUAGUGUUGGUGAAGUGUUGAGAGUGAAACCGGAAGAAGUUGGGAAUAGUGCAAAUUGUCAGCAUGGCGAGUUAGCGGAAUGUGAUCAUGCUCGAGUACUGAGUGAUGACGAUGAAUGCUCGGAUCGCCUUGUUUACCGCCAGGAUGUGAACUCAAACAGUGCACUGGCGUCAGUGGAAGACCGUUGCAUCGGAGAUGACAGUCAACGGUCACAGCAUCACCAACAGUAUCACCUCGACCAUCGCGACAACAGCUGUAGCCAUCCGAAUAGUUUUAGUUUUAAAUUUUUUCAUCACAAAUUUCUGCGGAAUAUAUCUAUAUUGUACAUAGCACUAGUGUUAAUAGUAACAAAUGUUACAGCACAAAAACUAAAAAAAGCAGUGGCAGCAUUCGAGCCCGAUUUUGUAUACCCGCUGGAAAAUGUUACGGUAGCAAAAGGACGUGACGCGACGUUCACGUGUGUCGUGAAUAACCUCGGUGGUUAUAGGGUGAGUGGGGAUUCAACUUCAGCUAGGGUUGCAUGGAUCAAGGCGGAUGCUAAAGCGAUCCUCGCAAUUCACGAACACGUGAUCACCAACAACGGGCGGCUGUCAGUUACGCACAAUGACUACAACACCUGGACGCUGGUGAUACGAAACGUCAAGAUGGAGGACCGAGGACUGUACAUGUGUCAGGUCAACACCGACCCGAUGAAAAUGCAGACUGCAUUUCUCGAGGUUGUGAUCCCACCGGACAUAGUCUACGAGGAAACUUCGGGUGACAUGAUGGUCCCAGAGGGUGGCUCCGCCAAAUUGGUGUGCAAAGCUCGAGGCUAUCCGAAACCAAAGAUCAUCUGGCGACGAGAGGACGGCCGGGAAAUAAUCGCACGUAACGGCACCCACGGGAAGAUGAAAGCUAUGCUCGUGGAAGGUGAGAUGUUAUCACUUACAAAGGUGACGCGCUCGGAGAUGGGUGCGUACAUGUGCAUCGCGUCCAACGGUGUUCCACCGUCCGUGAGCAAACGGAUGAAGCUGCAAGUACAUUUUCAUCCACUGAUACAAGUGCCGAAUCAGCUUGUUGGUGCCCCGCUGGGAACCGAUGUCACGCUAAUCUGCAACGUCGAAGCGUCCCCGAAAGCAAUCAACUACUGGCAGCGGGAGAAUGGCGAGAUGAUAAUCUCCAACGAUCGGUACUCGAUGAACGAGAACGAAAGCUCAAUGUACGCGGUGCAGAUGACGCUUGUGAUCCAGAAACUGCACAAAGCUGAUAUGGGUGGUUACAAGUGCAUAUCGAAGAACAGCAUUGGGGACGCAGAAGGGACGAUACGAUUGUACGAAAUGGAACUGCAGAAAAAGACUAAAUCAGCACAUAGACUGAACAGUGUCGAAGAUACCUCUGUCAAUGAUGAAAUCAACUCCACGCCCAACAUUGACCAACCCGAGGAGAAUAAUAAAAUCCACAAAAACGGCCGACUCUACAAGGGUCUGCAAAGUAGUGAGCACAACGUGAUGAGCUCAGGAUCAGCAGGCACCAUCGUCGGCACCAGUAGCCAUCAACUCUUCCAUCCGUUCCAUCUGCACCAUCGGCCCCAUCAAUCAUCCGGUGGAUGGUCCGGCGGGGUAAAGCUGUUAAUUGUCCUACUGGUGCACCUACGCCAAAUGCUGAUCCGGCUAGUGGAACUGAUAUUCCGUACAGUGCGGCACCGCUCAUGCCAUAGGACUAUCAUCCGAUGGACGUACGAAUCGUUCUCGGUUCUGUUAUACUCGUCGUUGUGAUUUUUGCUGUUAUUUCUGCUGAUAGGUGUGCGUUUGGGCGUUGUAUAAGGCUGCUAGUUAUUUGGACAAUGUGGAUAAUGUAAGCAAGUUCUUCCGGAAAUCACUGAAAAUAGCAUCAUUGAUAAAUUGCCGACCACUGUGCGAUGUGGUAAAAAAAUUUGUCGAUAUAUCGGCAGUCCAUAGUUUUCUCCCAUCCAAUGUUCGUACUGGCAAAUGUUUUCCAUAAACUCUUUCGCUGAUUGCUUCUUCGUACUGAAACUGACACCAGGAUUAUUUGGAAGAAGAAGAAGAAGAAGAAGAAGAAAAAGAAGAAGAAGAAGAAGAAGAAUGAUAAGUAGAAGAUGAGGUGCACCGUUUGUCUCAGUAUAUUUUAAAGAGUAAGUGCCAAAACGAUACUGAAUUUUGCGACAGAUAAAAAAACAGUGACAAAAGGUGAGCAAAUAAAAAAGCAUCCAUCUACAAAUCAGAUGACUAAAUCGUAAAACCAUACACACACGUUCAUAAAAAAAGUUAUAUCCAUAUUCAUAGCUGAUGGAAAACGGAAACAAUAUAUGAGUUAUUUCGAAUGCAAAAAUAUGAGAGUGAAUGAAAAAAGGAAAGUUUUUAUUAUGAAUAAAAAUGUGGCGCUUAUUGUUAUGACGUGAAAAGGAAGCGAUUAUGAAACAGUAUCUCGUCUGAAAAAUAAAACUGAGACGGAAAACACACUACGCUAUACACAUAAAGGUAGAUAAAACAAUAUAAAUAAAAACACAAACACUCUAGCCAAUUAACUUAAGGUGAAUCAAAAUCCUAAGGAAAGGGCCAUAUAUUACAUUAAACGAACUAUGGUGAGUAAUAACGGUAAAUGUGGUGCAUAAAAUACGGAGUUACUGAAGUGAAUUAUUGAUCGCUAUAGGAAAUGUAACAAAAUAUUGGAUAAUGAAAUUCCCCUGGCUACUGAAAGUGUAAAUAUGAACAAUGAUAUUGGUAAUGGUAAUAAUGACAACUCAUGAAAUAAGACAGAUAAUACAAACUAUGAAAUAAACAAUUAAAA